GUGGAAAAGAGACGUCAGUUCCUCCGUUGUCAGAGAGUCAAACAAACAUGGCGACAGACAGAAGCGGACUGGGGUUACAGCUAACUUUAUUUGUGUUUUUUGGUGUGUUCGCGAGCAGGGAGGCUGAAGCAGCGGUUCCGGAGCCAAGAGGAACCACGCGGAUACUCGGCAUGAGGCUGGAGAGCAGCAGCAGCCCGGCCGAGACCACCAAGGCAGGAGAUAUCCAGGUGACCGAGGGCAGCGACGUCUCCUUCAGGUUCUACGGGCUCCACUUGUUUCCAAACAGCUCGGACCUCAUCGGGUUCACUGAACUUUACUACAGUGAAACAGAGGACGAUUCUUCCGCCGCGGCGGUGGUCCAACUAAACAGAACUUGUACCGAACACACGAAGGACAUCGUAGUGAAGGGACCUAUGGUUGUAAGCAACCAAAACACGUCCGGAGUUGUCUCCCUCAGCAUCAAGCAGCUGCGGAAGAGAGAAGCAUUGAAAGUGUUUGUCUUGUGCGUCCUCGACGUUCAGGAGCAAAGGUGGAUCCGGCUGGACGAUAAAGACGGGAAGCUGCGUGUGGUGGAGGAGAAGAAGUCCCUGCUGCCCGUUUGGCUGCAGGUGAUCCUUAUCUGCUGCCUGUUGGUGCUGUCUGGGAUGUUCAGUGGGCUCAACCUGGGGCUGAUGGCGCUGGACCCGAUGGAGCUCCGCAUCGUGCAGAGCUGCGGCACCGAGAAGGAGAAGAAGUACGCUCGGAAAAUCGAGCCCAUCCGCAGGAAGGGAAACUAUCUGCUGUGCUCCCUGCUCCUGGGCAACGUGUUGGUUAACACGACCCUCACCAUCCUCCUGGACGACCUCACCAAGUCCGGCUUUGGGGCGGUGGUCGCCUCCACCGUCGGGAUUGUGAUCUUUGGAGAGAUAGUCCCCCAGGCGCUGUGCUCCCGCCACGGCCUGGCAGUGGGGGCGAACACCAUCCUCCUCACCAAGCUGUUCAUGCUGCUCACCUUCCCUCUGUCCUGGCCCAUCAGCAAGGUCCUCGACUGCGUCCUGGGCCAGGAGAUCGGAACCGUGUACAACCGGGAGAAGCUGGUGGAGAUGUUGAGGGUCACCGAACCAUACAACGACCUGGUGAAAGAGGAGCUGAACAUGAUCCAAGGAGCUCUGGAGCUCCGGACCAAGACGGUGGAGGAUGUCAUGACUGCCCUGAACAACUGCUACAUGCUGAGCAGCGACGCCGUGCUGGACUUCAACACCAUGUCUGAGAUCAUGGAGAGCGGAUACACCCGGAUCCCGGUCUACGAGGGCGAGCGCUCCAACAUCGUGGACAUCCUCUUCGUCAAGGACCUGGCUUUCGUGGACCCGGACGACUGCACCACCCUGAAGACCAUCACCAAGUUCUACAACCACCCAGUCCACUUUGUCUUCCAUGACACCAAGCUGGACGCCAUGCUGGAGGAGUUUAAGAAAGGAAAGUCUCACCUGGCCAUCGUUCAGAAGGUGAACAACGAGGGGGAGGGAGAUCCGUUCUACGAAGUCCUGGGGUUGGUCACCCUUGAAGACGUAAUCGAGGAGAUCAUUAAGUCAGAGAUUCUGGACGAAUCUGACCGUUACACGGAUAAUCGCACCAGGAAAAGAGUGGCGCCCAACAAGAACAUGAGGGACUUUUCUGCCUUCAAGCAAGAGAGCGAGUCGAAGGUGAAGGUUUCUCCUCAGCUGCUGCUGGCCGCUCACCGCUUCCUGGCUACAGAGGUCAGCUUGUUCAGCCCGACUCAGAUCUCCGACAAGGUCCUGCUCCGGAUCCUACGCCACCCCGACGUCAUCCAGGAGAUCAAGUUCAACGAGAACGAGAAACGGUCGUCUCAUCACUACAUCUACCAGAGAGCCAAGCCUGUGGACUACUUCAUCCUCAUCCUGCAGGGCCGAGUGGAGGUGGAGGCCGGAAACGAGAACAUGAAGUUUGAGACGGGACCGUUCUCUUAUUACGGCGUCAUGGCGCUCAGUGCCUCCACGCUGGUGGCUGCACCUCGUCCUCGCCCCCUCUCCUUUAAGAGGUUUUCUCUGUUCUCUCGGUUGCCAGGUAAAACAGUUUCCUAUGACUCACUGAGGCCCCCUGCUGGACGACUCAUACUGACUGAGUUUCGCUCGCCGUCCCACCUCAGCGGGUUGAACCGGACGGCCUCUCUGAGCGGAGCCGACCGAAGCGAGUCGCUCACCGUCAGCAGCAGCAACAAUCAGUUGAACAACAGCAUCCCGCUGCAGCAGUACACCCCUGACUUCAACGUCAGGGCGCUCACCGACCUGCAGUUUGUAAAGAUCACACGCUCUCAGUACCAGAAUGGCCUGAUGGCGUCUCGUUUGGACAGCACGCCUCAGUCCCCCGAGAGCGGCCACAACAUAUGCCACCUGGAUCAGGUGACUCCCGCUGCUGACAUCACCAUCACUGACCUGGACGCAGACUCCGCCCCUCUGGAGAACGGCCCAGACGAGACCACGCUCCUCCUCCUGAACGAGCAGAACUCGUCACCCUCAGCCAACCACCACAGUCAGCUGGAAAAUAGCGUUUGACCUGGAACAUUUACCUGAUCAUCCCACAUUUGCACACGUUCACUACAGCGCUCCAUGUCUGCCGAGGAGGCGGGGCUUACAAAGGCAUGUUCAUUCAGCUGACUAGACCCAAAGAGGCGAGCCGUGUGGGGGUGUGUUCUGUAAAUAUAAAGGGGUGCAGCAGAAAUACACACCAAACACACACUGAUGAGCCAAAACAUUAAAACCACCUAAACACAGGAGCUCUGGGAGAGCGGCAGCUUUUGGGAUUAGAAGGGAAAGUUGGCUUUAUGAAGGUAAAAUAUUUUAUUUGCAGUAAACGGCGUCUGUGCUUCCCGCUAAAACACCAAACAUGAAAUUAGUUAAAUUUAGUUGUUUUUGUUUCUCUUCUUGUUAGAGGAUGCUCUCCAACCUCAGAGAGUUUUUUGGGUGGAACAUUUGAAUAUCUAAAAGUGUUAUUUUAAGCAGGUGAGUCAGCCUGUCUCCUAGUGCGCUUUAAAUUAUAAUUUUUUGUUUUAAUGUUUUGGCUCGUCCUUAGAAAAAUAAAUAAAUACCAAAGCUGUAUUUGUCACUCACCAGUGAUCACCAACAGACAAUAAAAAUCUGGUUCUAUUUAUUGACAAAAAGCAUCCAAAGGACCAGAAAGCCACGAGUUUCUUCCUCCGAUUGUGUCGCUUCCAGUUCAGAGACUCAGGGAGCCCCUCCCCCCUUUUCCCGCCUUUCUGUGUCCCGUUAGCGUGAUCAAACUCCAAACCCACCGCCGGUUAUCUGCCUUCACCCAUGAGCAUCCAUUCAGCUGGAAGACAAAGAAAAUCCCAGGUUGGCGGAGUUCACACAAAGUAAUAUAUGUUCCGUAGAGAUUUAUAGUGAAAUAUUUAUUGAUGAACUCUGAGAGAGACGGAAACAUAAGAGGGAGGGAUGACAGCAGUUUUUAUCUUCUUGUUUUCCAGAGAAAAGAUUCAACCCGUUUAGUUUUUGUGUUCAAGACAAUCAAUCGGAAUCAAAUUAAUGCCUUAAUUGGGACACCAGGGUUAGUACCGGAACACGAACGGAUAAUUACCGGAACACGAACCAGGGUUAGUACCGGAACACGAACCGGGAUAAUUACCGGAACACGAACCAGGGUUAGUACCUGAACAGGAACUGGGAUAAGUACCGGAACACGAACCGGGAUAAUUACCGGAACACGAACCAGGGUUAGUACCUGAACAGGAACUGGGAUAAGUACCGGAACACGAACCGGGAUAAUUACCGGAGCACGAACCAGGGUUAGUGCCGGAACACAAACCGGGAACUGCCCUGCUCUCACACUCCUGAAACUGGUUUGAGCAGAGAUCUGGAAUCGGUUUUCAUGAGAGAACGGAACCUGAGAGCAAAAAGACUUUUUUAUAAAAGGGUGACUCUCUCUUAUAUAUUUUUUAUUUUUAUUUUUUCUGUUUUUGUGUUUGUGACCAAAAACAUCCCAGAAACCCAAAGUGGAGCGCAGCUUCACCUCCUGACUAGACAAAACUUUAUUUAUUCACAUUAAUGUUCAGACUUCUUUCUGCGAGGGGCAAACAAAGACCAUAUUUAUGUGAUUAUUUUGCAUUUUGUUUUGUAAAACUCUAAUCAUUAUGCUGGUCUUCAGCUGAACGGUCAACAGUUCUGUAUAUUUUAUGACCGCACUCCCGUUAUAUUUUACUGUACCUUAAGAGGAAAUGUUAAGAUAAAAUUGUCCUAAAACGUUUGACUUUUCCUUAUACUGUAUUUUUAUUGACUUUGUGAAGAAAAUCUACAGUCCCGUUUUUUCCACUCAUAAAUGAAGAAAGGAACCUGAUUUUCAGAUUUUUUGUUGUGAUGGCAAACAUUUUUUUAAUAUACUUUGAAUCCACACACUCCUUGUUUUUUAUCCAUCCCUUAGCAGCUGAUAUCAUUUCAGCUCCUUUCUCCUCCUAUAUAUAAAACUCUACUCACAGGUGAGUCCUGCAGUUGAGGUGGAUUAUUCAGCUUUUCCUACAUUGGUUGAUUCACACAAACAACAAUUUGAAACCUUUAAAAAAAACACAUUUUUAUUCUGCUUAUGUCAGAGAAUGAUGUCACAAACUCUCAUGAAGCUGAAUGUUUGUGCCUAAUUAACUUGUAGGUUUGUCAUCUCGUGUUCUAAAAGAGGAAAUGAAUCAUUUGACAGACGUGUUCUUUGUAUUUCCACCUUAAAUCUGAAACCGAAACAUCACAAGAUGAUUUCAUUUCUCUUUUUUUUCUUUCUUUUUUUUUAUGCAGAACUUUCUGAGUCUAAUUUGUGGAUGUUUACAGACUCUAGAAGGGUCACAUGUCACAAUUUUUCUCAAGAAUUAGGGAAAUCGGGAAAUCUUUACUUUUUGUGUGCGUGGGUUCGUUUCUGCUGGUGUAACAUGAGAAAAACGUGCUCCGUUCGACACAAACACGAUCCCAAAGAACUGAUUUAGCAAGUAGAAGUUGUAGAUCCCCUUUAGGCCACGUUUUUGGUCAGAUGUUCAGUUUACAGGACUUGAGUUGCAGCGUUGCCUUAAUUUUUUAAUCUUAAAAACACGAGCAGUGUUUAAAUUAUUUACUUGUUGAUGCAGGUUUGACUGCACAGAUUUUUAAAAAGGAGGUUUGAAUCUGGAGUUUAGUAGACUAAAUUUGAUGAUAUUAUCUUAAAGUAUUUUAAUGCAGUUGUUUUAUAUUUUUGCAUCGACAAAGAAACAAAACUUGAGACAGCUCUAGAUUUUCCCCCUACAGGUGAGGAAGCUGCUGCUGCACCUUCUCAGGUGAAAUGAGCUCUGAUGCCUUUACUGUUUCAGCUUGCCUGUGGGGUUUUUUUGUCCUCUGAUAAUAAAAAUAAGAUGCUUCGUUCUGUUGAAAUCACAAACAAGGAGCAUUUUAUUUCUGUGCCUUAUGAAGCUUUUUGUUUUGCCAUCAUGGCUCAUUGUUGGGUUAAACUUAAUCUUCAGCUGCAGCUGGGUCUAACUUCCUUUCAUCAGUCUGGAUCUUUAUGGUUUUUUUUAUUCAUCUUCCUAUUUUUAGUUUCCUUUAAGUUCCUGGUGUAAUCACUUCAUGUAAACUUUUUUUUGUGAUAUUUCAUUUUUAGAUCUGGUCAUUUUAGCCACCAAACCUCAUCUUUAAUUCACAUAAAAGCUUUUAUUUUUGUAAGUUGAUCCAGAGUUAAUGUUUGAACUGCUAGAAAAAGAAGUAAUGGUAUAAAUUAAGCAAACUUUAACAAAACCUAUAUUUGGAUUUUGAAAGCUCCUGCCCCGGGUGUAAACACCAGCUUGUGUAAAAAUGUGAAGUAAUAAACAACUUGUGAAUUUAUAGGCACAGAAAACUCCCACAUGAGGCUUUAUUUAGUCCUUUUUCCUGUUGGUUCUACGAAAAGUUCCUUUAAAAUGUCCUUUGAUGAGAAAUCAGAUUAUUUGUUGCACUUUCACAUGAAAGCAGUGUUUUCCCAAAUAAGAGAAAUUUGCCAAAAUUGCUCUCUCCGCAACGCUGUCGCAACAUUUCUGCAGACCAUGAUUUCAAAACCUGCCUUUCUGUGGCGGAGCAACGCUUUCAGUGACUCGGCAGAUUUUAUGUUCAUUCCUGAAGUAUAUUAACACGCACACAUACACACUCCCAUUUCAGAUGCUUUUCGUGUGUGUGUGUGUGUGUGUGUGUGUGUGUGUGUGUGUGUUGUCUGUAAACGGGGAUGGUCCUUUCUCUCACACACACACAGACUUGCUUUAAAAUGGUUCAUUUUUGGCAUGUGUGUGACUUUUUCAAUCAGUUUAAUUUUGUACCUCAGUCAUUGAUUGUGUUGAAUGGUUUUUGGGGGCGGGAGGGUUCGGUUGAUUGUCUCUGGAACAUUUUAAAUGAAAAACAGGAAGAUGGUUGUAAAUACUGUUUUAUAAUUUCUGUGUUGAUGAGUUUUGAAGAUGAAGAAAGUUGUUAAUAAACCUGAGACAAUUUCUCUAUGAUUA